AGGCCCUCAAAUCUGGACUUAAAAAAUGGCCUGCAAGGAGACUACACUAGGAAAAGGAAGGAAGAAACAGAAGAGAACACCUGAAAAAGUUGAAGAAUUGGAGCCUGGAGUAUUUGAGGUAGAGAGAGUAGUGAGCCGUCGUGUACGAGGUGGCCACGUUGAAUAUUUGCUGAAAUGGAAGGGCUAUCCAGAUGAUCAGAAUACUUGGGAACCUGAAGAAAAUUUACAUUGUGCUGAUUUAAUCACAGCCUUCAUCAAUUCAGAUGAAUCUGGUUUACCUCCUAGUGAAUUUGAAGAUAGAAAUGGUUUUGCUAGGGGUCUAAAACCUGAAAAAAUCAUUAGAGUCACAGAUAUGUUUGGAGAAUUGAUGUAUCUCAUGAAGUGGAAACAUGUAGAUCAAAUAGAGUUGGUGCUGGCAAAAGAAGCUAAUGUGAAAUGCCCUCAACUUGUCAUUGCUUUUUAUCAAGAGAGACUAAAUCUGGGUGGAAAUUGAAACGCAAUAAAUGCUCACAUUGGUUGAAAUAUAUUCAUUAAACAAUAUACAUGUACCAUCUGAAUCUUGUGUUAGCAUUAAUGUUGUGAAACAACUACAUUCUAAUAAAAUCAAAUUUG